AUGAAAAUACAAAACCAAACUACGCUUUCAGAGUUCAUCAUCCUUGGCUUUCAAAACCUGCAGGAACUACAGUACUUGCUCUUCAGUGUAUUCCUGACUCUCUAUUUAUUCACAGUGCUGUGGAAUACCUCCAUUAUCACUAUAGCAAUUUUUGAUCAGAAGCUCAGAAUCCCCAUGUAUUUUUUCUUGGGGAACCUGUCUUUCCUUGACAUCUGCUACACUAGCACCACAAUUCCACAGAUGCUGGAUCUUAUUCUCAAAGACAGGAGCAGUAUUUCUUACACAGCCUGUGUUCUCCAACUGUACUUUUUCUUCUCCUUUGUAGGGACAGAAUGCCUUCUUCUGGCAGUAAUGGCUUUGGAUCGCUAUGUUGCUAUUUGCAAUCCUUUGCACUACUCAUUAUUUAUGAGAAGAUGGGUUUGCCUCCAACUAGCUAUAGCUUGCUGGGUUGGAGGUUUUCUUAACUCUGCAAUUCAUACUUAUUUUGCCCUUCAGUUACCUUUUUGUGGAGACAAUCGCCUAGAUGCAUUCUACUGUGAUAUUCCUCCAUUGCUAAAGUUGUCAUGUGGAGAUGUCUCCCUCAACCAAAAGCUCUUGCUAUCUAUUGGAUUACUCAUAGCAUGGACACCUCUUGUUUGCAUCCUUCUCUCAUAUGCAUCCAUCAUUUUCACAGUACUGAAGAUGCAGUCUGCAGAAGGAAGACAAAAAGCUUUUUCCACUUGCUCCUCUCAUCUUACAGUGGUUCUACUUUAUUAUGGCAGUUGCAUUUUCACCUACUUGAGACCUGUCCCUUCCCAGUCUUCUGUUAAUACCAAGCUGACCCCACUAAUGUACAGCAUCUUGACUCCAUUACUAAAUCCUGUUAUAUAUACUUUGCGUAACAAAGAUGUAAGGAAUGCUUGGAGAAAUAUAAUGGGAAAGAUUUAA